AUGAAUCUAUCUACGCCUGGUGAUGGUCUCUUCGAAACACAUGUCACUUGGGAGGAAAUAGAAAAAGAUAUGCAACGAGAACUGAAGACGAAGGCCUUUUUCGGACCGAAGAAAACUGCGAAAAAUUUGGCAGAUGGCAUCGGCUACAUGUCCAGAAUCGUACUUAUAGAGCCCGAUUGGCAAAAUGCAGAUAAGCAACUUCCGAGACGAUUUGUUGUAAAAAUUUUGACGCAGCUGAUUAUGGUGAAGCUAUCGACAGAUAUGGGUUGCGCUAGUGACUUCCCAGAAAAUUUUGAUGGUCCUUUGAAAAAGGCACACAACACAGAGGUCUUUGUUUACGAUUAUCUUAUCAAACAUGCACAUGGAAGAGUGCCCAUACCAAAGAUUUACUUCAUGAGAAAAUUCGAUGAAUCUAACACAAUCAAAGGAUACAUCAUCAUGGAAUAUUUGGAGAGUGUUAGCAUAGGCUUCCAUAGCAAUGUCACGAUAAACUCUGUUAAGGAGGUUUUCUCAGCCAUAGCAUUCAUGGAGGCAAUGUCUCUCAGAUUCACCUCAGAAGAAAGGAGUCAACUCACGACAACGUUCUAUCAAAAGUUUUACGAGCAGAUGUGUGACGAUAAUGUCAUGGCCAAUUCGAUAGAGCGGCUUCGAACGAUCGGCAAUGGUAAAUUAAGCGAAAAAGUCGACAAUUUAGAAAAAAUCGCUAAAGGUAUUAUGGACCCCGUCAAAAUCGACCGUUUAGCGAACGAUUUAGGAAUGCGGCGCGUCCUUUGUCACGGUGACCUUUGGACUGCCAAUGUGCUAUGGGAGAAAAAUGGAGACGAAGAUCUCAGACCGGCAGCCAUUAUAGACUUUCAGUGCGCACACAUGGGCUGUCCGGCUAGUGACGCAGUGAUAAUGAUUCUCUCAUGUCUCAAUGGUGAAGAAAGACGGAAGCACUGGAAGGAACUACUCAAACACCUUCAUGAUAAAGUGAAAAAAGAAGUGGGAAGCACAGAAAUGCCCUAUACACUGCAGCAGCUGGAAGAAGCAUACUGCCAGACUUUGCCUUUUAUGGGAUUGACAUUUGUACCGUUCGCAGUUCCUGUUCUAGACAAGAUGUCUGAAGAUGCUGUUAAUGAGGAAAAGAGAGAAAUGUUCGAAGCUUUGAUGGAGAAGACGGAGUAUAUCUUGGACGACAUUGUAUCUUUCCAUGAACGCAAUAAUUCAAUGAAAGAAGAGCAGAAAUUUUAG